AUGAAAGAAGAAGAAACAAUAAUAAUCAUUGGAGUAGGUUUAAUUGGACCGAUACUAGCAUUGGCAUUAAAAAAAUUGGGAUUGCAUUGUAUCUUGUUUGAUAGAAGACAAGAACCAAGUUCAAUUUCAUUGUUGGAUCCUGUUCAAUCAGAGGGUGCAUCAAUUAAUAUUGCUCCAAACGGAUUAAAGAUUAUCGAUGAACUGUGUCACUCACUCUAUCAAGAGAUUGAACAGGUUGGAUGCCCUGUUCAAAUAUUCUCCAAUUGUAACAGUGAUGGUGACAAACUUGGUGAAUUUGAAACAAGCACAGUGUUUAAACCAAGAUAUGGAUACAUCAAUAUUGGUAUUGCAAGAAGUGCACUUCAAUCAAUCCUCAUCAAUCGUUUGAAAACUGAUAACAUACCUGUUUAUUUUAACAAAUCAUUGGUUGCUAUUAGUCAAGCUGAGAAUGAAUUAGUCACAUUAACAUUUAAAGAUGGUAGUAGUUGUAAAGGUGGAAUGGUGAUUGGAGCAGAUGGAUUACAUUCAAUGACAAGAUCUUUAUUGUUUGGAGCAGAGAAACCAACCUAUACAAAGACAACUCAGACUAUUGGUGUAUCACCGAGACCUAUAGGACACCGUGAUGUAAUACACACAGUGUUCGGUGAAAAUGCAUGUUUUCUUACCUACCCACUCUCAAAGAGUCAUUUGGUAUGGGCAAUGACUCUACCAGAGGAGAAUGAAACACCAGAGACUUGGAAAACACUUCAACCACAAGACAUGGACUCUAUUAAACAAGAGUCACAAGUAAUGUCUUUUAAAUCACCAGAACUUUCAAUACAGCAGUUGGUAUCGACCAGUGUCAAAAUAUUCAAGAUUGGUUUGUAUGAUCGACCUGCAUUGUCGACAUGGAAUGUUGGACGUGUAACAUUAAUUGGAGAUGCAGCACACCCAUCAACACCUCAUAUUAGUCAAGGUGCCAAUCAAGGAAUAGAAGAUAUCGGUUAUUUCUGUCAUCAAAUUAAAUUACAAUUAAAUCAAUCAGAUAAAACACCAUCACUCAAAGAUAUCAACAUUGCCACUCUGUUUUCCGAUUAUCAAGAAUCAAGAAUCAUUAAAACAACAGAAUUGGUUGAAAAGGCAAGGAAAAUGGGUGUCCUUAGAGUAUCUCCAAAAGAUAAAUGUAAAGAAAGAGAUCAACUUUUUAGAAAUGCUUGGUUAAAUAAUGAAAUCAGAUACAAGUCUUAUGAUUUGUUAUAUAAUUAUAAAGAAGAAUAA